AUGGAUCAGCUGAUGAGGGAGACAGAUAUUUGUUCUGACGACAUCAUCCGCACCUUCAUCUCACGCCGGGUGCUUCCCCUCCAGCGCCGGGCCCAUAAAAUAAGCGAAAUGUACGGCCCUGGUGAUCCCACCAAGAUCACCGGCCUCCCUCUAAGCAAGGAGGAUGCAAAGGAGCGUUUCCCUCGCAUUGCUGCGGAGAAGCGAGGCCCUUGCCGGAAGCGGGCUCUGGACACGGUGGACCCGGAUCCAUACGUGCACUGGACCGACCUCAAGAUGGGCCGCACCCACACCUCGCGCCCCGAUGCUCCCUCAGCCAGCACCAACCCACAGGUCCUGGACCAUGCUACGCCGCUGCAGGCCGAGGUUGGCCGCGAGUUCCUGGAGAAACUCACCUCCCAGGGCAAGAAAAAGAAGGCACCGGCAUCUGAAGCCGGCCCCGGCGAGGCUCCUCCCGCUAAGCGCCCCCGGCAAGAAAUUGUCGGCGGGAAGACGGUCUCCAAAAAGCAGUACAAGAAGCGGCAGAUGCCGGUUUCUUCCGGAAAGAAGAAGAAGACUGCGGAUUCUUCCCCCUCCAAGUCCGUGCCGGACUCCUCCGCGCCGGCAGGCUCAGCUCCGGGCCAGGACGCAUCUGACGCCCACUCGUCGCCCGAGACUACGCCCGCGCCUCCACCAGAAGCUCCCACCUGCGAGCCAACUGGGGCCAAGCCAACGCCGCCGCCAAGCAGAGGAUCCUCCGCGGCCGAGCUCAUGCCGCCUCCAAGCCAAGGAGCCACUGCGGCCAAGCCGACGCCGCCGCCAGAAGGCACCAAGCCCCUCAAGCCGGAACCUUCCAAGGCGAAGGCCACGGCUUCCGCUAUCCCGGAAGCCUCCAUCGAAGCCCUCAAGACUCAGCUCGCUGCACUCCAAACUGAAAAGGAGCAGCUCAUCACUGCGCAUCGCGAGGUGAAAGAGCAGGCCAUGCAAGCUGGGCUCCGACAUGCGCGCGAGCUUGAGGAGGCCCAGGCUGCGGCUGAAGCCAAACUUGCUGAGUCGCUGGAGGAGUAUACCAACAACACUGCGGUGCUGCGGGCAGAGCUGGAGGAGGAGAGCAAGGCGCGGAAAGCUGCGGAGCAUCGGGUUGAUCUUAUGACCACUGAUCAUAGGGAAUAUGACCGGCUGGUCAUGCAGAUCGACGCGCUGGCUCUCAAGCUCUUCCCGGACUCCUAG